CCGGCUGGCGGCGACCGCCGCAGGAAGGGCCGGUUCCUGCGCUCCCUCCGCCCCCUUCCCUCGCCUUCUGCUGACGCCGACGUCGGAUGAGGGAGCUGGAGGGACGCUCGGAUCGCUGCCGGGAGGCUCCUAGGGGCCGGGGCUCCGAGGUGCAGGCAGUUUUAUCAGAGGAAGAGAAGUGUGGCAACUGUGAAAUGACAAGGCAGGGUAAACCUGUAUUGGUGUGAACUUUUAAGUUAUAGAAACCUCAUACAGGAGAAGGCGGUGAAGUUAAUAGGCCACAAGGAUCAGGAAGAAUUUUUCCUCUUUAUUGGUUGAGCCCCACAUCUAGAAGCCUGAGGUAGAAAAAGAAGAAGAAGGAAACAUGUCAGGACACAAAUGCAGUUAUCCCUGGGACUUACACGAUCGAUAUGCUCAAGAUAAAUCAGUUGUAAAUAAGAUGCAGCAGAAGUAUUGGGAAACGAAGCAGGCCUUUAUUAAAGCCACAGGGAAGAAGGAAGACGAACAUGUCGUUGCCUCUGACGCAGACCUGGAUGCCAAGCUGGAGCUGUUUCACUCGAUUCAGAGAACCUGUCUGGACUUGUCUAAAGCAAUUGUACUCUAUCAAAAGAGAAUCUGUUUCUUGUCUCAAGAAGAAAACGAACUGGGAAAAUUUCUCCGAUCCCAAGGCUUCCAAGAUAAAACCAGAGCAGGAAAAAUGAUGCAAGCGACAGGAAAGGCCCUCUGCUUUUCUUCCCAGCAAAGGUUGGCCUUGCGAAAUCCUUUGUGUCGCUUUCACCAAGAAGUGGAGACUUUUCGGCAUCGGGCCAUCUCGGACACUUGGCUGACUGUGAACCGCAUGGAGCAGUGCCGUACUGAAUACAGAGGGGCAUUAUUAUGGAUGAAGGACGUGUCCCAGGAGCUUGAUCCAGACCUCUACAAGCAAAUGGAGAAGUUCAGGAAGGUGCAAACACAAGUUCGCCUUGCCAAAAAAAGCUUUGACAAAUUGAAGAUGGAUGUGUGUCAAAAAGUGGAUCUUCUGGGAGCGAGCAGAUGCAAUCUCUUGUCUCAUAUGCUAGCAACAUACCAGACCACUCUGCUCCAUUUUUGGGAGAAAACUUCUCACACUAUGGCAGCCAUCCAUGAGAGCUUCAAAGGUUAUCAGCCAUACGAAUUCACUACGUUAAAGAGCUUACAAGACCCUAUGAAAAAGCUGGUUGAGAAAGAAGAAAGGAAGAGGAUCGCCCAGCAGGAAAGUGCAGAGGCCUCAGUGGAGGAGCCAAGUCAGUUAAUUUCAUUAGAGGAUGAAAACCAGCACAAGGAAUCCUCUAGUUUUAAGACUGAAGAUGGAAAAAGUGUUUUAUCUGCCUUAGACAAAAGCUCUAUACAUAAUGCAUGCUCAGAUGAACUAUUAGACAUGAAACUCGAGGAAGGUGCUUGCCUGGGCCCAAUGGCAGGGACCCCGGAACCUGAAGGUGCUGACAAAGAUGACCUGCUGCUGUUGAGUGAAAUCUUCAAUGCUUCCUCCCUGGAAGAGGGCGAGUUCAGCAAAGAGUGGGCUGCUGUGUUUGGAGACGGUCAGCUGAAGGAGCCAGCACCCACUGCGGCCCCAGGAGAGCCAGACCCCAAGCCCCAGACAGGCUCAGGAUUCCUUCCUUCACAGCUUCUAGAUCAAAAUAUGAAAGACUUACAGGCCUCACUGGAAGGCUUGUCAGAGAGCAAUGUCAAUCCUACUUCUCCUCCAUGGCCAGCACCAAAGGCAAGCAGUCCAAAUGGCAGUAGCCCUGCAGUGAAAGAGCCUGCCAAGCCCUCCUCGGACCUGACCGCCUGGUUCAGCCUUUUCGCCGAUCUCGACCCAUUAUCAAAUCCUGAUGCUGUUGGGAAAACCGACAAAGAACAUGAAUUGCUGAAUGCAUGAGUCUGCAGCCUCCAGGAAGGAGCCCACAAGCGGCUCCAAAUCAGCACACCCGGGGGCUUGCAGAUGUAGGAAGUGAUCAGUAUGCUGUUUUAAUAUUUACGUGCCAUUUUAAUAAAAUGAAAGGGUCAAAGGCCCUGUUUAUAUUGGUAUAA